CGUUAAUGUUUGUCGGCACAGGACUUUAAUUUUGCUGGGGUAAUUUCACAAAUUUAUGGCAAAAAGUAAAAUACAGUUUAAAAGUAUAUUUUAAACAAAAAAGCGCAAUAUAGUGAGUUUUAUUGGAAAUCAUAGAGAAGUUUAAGUUUACAAUUGAUAAUAAGAUUUAAAAGCAUCAAAGGAAAACAAGAAAAAAAUCAAUAAAAUUCCCUACAUUAGGAAUUUGCAAACAAAUGUGAAUCAAACGCAGCAGCAGCAUCAAAAACAACAACAUCAAAUCUGGCGCAUAAAAAACAGGAAAAUGUCAGACGAAGAAGAUUCUAUGUCUGAAGGCUUUUCAGCAAGUGAGGAUGAGUGGAAGCCCAGCAAAGAUAUUAAGGGGGGCGAGUCAUCAGAUGAUGAUGAUAGCGAUUUUGAAGGAUCGCCCUUAGCUGAAGCUGCAAGUGGAGGAAGUGGAACAAGUGCGGGACGAAAAAGGGGAGAGCCAAAAGCUCGCAGUGCUGCCAAACAAACAUCAUCAAAAAAACGCACUGGGUUAUCACUGCGUGCCAAACUUUAUAACAAAUAUAGGCCACCACCCAAAACAUUUUCACCACCCAGCGGUGUUGCUGGGAAGAACUCCCCCUCAGCAUCUACAUCACGCACGAAUUCAAAAAACGCCACGGCGCCCAAUGAAAGCAAAAGUAUCAAACGAUUAAAUAAUGCCGACGAAGAUUCAGGCUCCAGCAGUGAUUCCAGCAUUGAUAACUAUCUAGUUAAUCCCGAAGAUUUGGAUAUUCAAUCCAGUUUUUUCAACGUUGAAACUAAGUCAACCAAAAGACCUUCAGUCUCACCUGUUCCCGUUUUUGAUUGUAACGCCGGUCUUGGAAAUCUUACUGACUCUGGGUCAGAUGACGAUCUGGUUGAGGCGAAAAAAGAUGAAAAAGCUUUUGACUUUAAUAACUUGCUUGAGUAUGCUAAAAGUCUGGAACGCGUUAAGGAAAGCGUUGCCAAGCAUAAUGCUGAAGAAUCUAGUAAAAAAUCGUCAGCAUCUACAAAUAUUGAUACUUUAGAUGUAUAUGCCGUGCUUGCAUUGGGCGAAAAGCAACAAAAUCGUUCACACAACGAUGGAGAAGAUGAAGAUGAUGAAGACGACGAUGACGUUAUCGGCAACGAACAAAAGCCAAACAAAAGUCAACCUUCAAAACUAAACAAGACAAAAUCUACAAGAAUUAAACGACAUACGAAAACACGUCCUACAUCAACUGUGGCCGCCAAUGAUACCGACGAUUCUGAUUGGGAAGAAGUAGCAGAUACUUCAGAAGGUAUUGACACCACAGCAACUUCAAGCGACAUUUCACAUAUUGGAAGCCUUGAAAUACACGUAGAUUUGCCAUCUCGCAAUCGUGAGAAAAAAAUAAAGACCCAACAAGACAUAGAAAUGGCUUUUAAACGUAGACUAAAUCGAGAUAUUAAGGAACGUCAAGUUCUACUGCACAAAGCCAGUUUGUUGUGUCAUUUUGGUCGUACAUUUUUUUACAAUCGUUUGUUAAACGACACAAUCUUAAUGCCAAAAGUUUUAAAGCUUUUACCCAGUAAAUCCGCAUAUCCGCCUGACAGAGGAACUGAAAUAAAAUACUUUCAGUCAAUGGUGACUUGGUUUAAGAGUGCGAUCAAAUUAAAAACACAAAAUUUAUAUCCUGAAAAAUCAGCAGCUAAAACCAAAACCAAAGCACACCUUGAACUUUUGAAACAAAUUGAGAAAAAAGAAGCUCGUAGCAAACAGGAUAUGAUUUUCAUAUUUAUUAUUCUGCUACGUGGUAUGGGACUCCAAUGUCGUUUGAUUGUAAAUAUGCAACCGAUGCCCUUGAAACCUGCUCAAUCAGAUUUACUAUCGCUUAAAUUGAAAAAAGAUGAUGAUGAAAGGGGUGAUAAAAAUGUUUCCGUUUCUUCUAAAAAGAUCAAGAAAGAGGAUCGAGAUACAGAUAGUAACACUGAAGCAAUGCCUCAGGCUUACUGUUCUAAAGUUAAGAUAAUGAAACAGGAGAGCACAGAUAGUGAACAAAAAACAGUUGAAGCUAAGAAAAGCAUAAAAAAUGUACCUAAAAGUGAUGCAAAAGAAAAAGUAGAAAAUGAACAAGAAGUUAAAUCUAAGAAAAUUAAAAAGUCCAAGCAAAGUUCCUCUGUAGACAGUGAAGAUGUCGUAAAAGUAGAAGAACACCAAAAAACAAGUAGGAAAUUAACAAACUCAAAGGAAAUGGAAAAUCGGAAUAACACUAAACGCACUAAAUCAGAAUCUGGUAUGAAAAAAGAAAAGGUAACAAAAACAAAUGCUAAAGAAAAACAUAUUGAUGAAAAAACACAAGCAUCGGCAACUACUAUAAAUGUUAAAGAGCCUAAGGGUGACAAGAAUGAAGAAAACCCUAAAUCGAAAGAGAAAACAAUAAAGGGGACGGCAGUUAAGAAAACUAAAACUACUGUAACAAGCAGCCUGGCUUCAGGAACUAAAACUUCAGAACCUUCAGCAAAAGACAUCAAUAACGAGAAAAGUAGCGGCCCCGAUGAUUUGGAAAAUUCACAAAAAGAAAAUAAAACUAAAUCUCUAAACAAACCUACUUUGUCACGAUUAAAGCGUACUAAAGCAAUCGACAGCAGUGAUAAGCAAGAGGAAAAACCUAACAAGAGACCUACAAUUGAGGCCGGCACCUUGGUCAUACCAAAAAUUGUCGUACAAGCUGGAAAAGACCUAAAUCCUACUGAACAACCCACCACCUCAAAACAAACACGAAGUACUCGGUCUCGUAGUAAAUCACCACAGGCCCAUAUAUCUACAGCUUUUCUAUUACAAAACUCACACUACAAAGAAAAAUUCCCAGGUAUUAUACAGCAAAAUACAAAUGUUAAAAAGAAAACGAUUCGUGGUAAAAGUCCCAUUAAUAAAGCAAAAAUAUCAACCGAUUUUCUAAUACAUCCUCAACCUAUCAGUGUUCCAAAACGAGUUCUACGUUCACGUCAAAAGACCAACGAAGAUUCUCAAGAUGAUACCAAAACUAUGCAAGUUGAAAUACCUCAGUUAGACGGAGCAAAUGAUAAUGAUGCUGAUUGUGAGAAUAAUAUUUUGAACUCGAAAAAUGGCAAAAAGAAACGUCGCCCAAACAUAAAAAAAUUAAAGACCCAACGUAGUACAGACAAUUCCGAUGAAGAUUUUGAACCGUCACCACCGAAAAAACCAAAAUCUGCACCUUCUUUAGCUAAACAAGAUCGUCGUGUAUUAUCGUCUGAUGAUGAAAAUGAUAAUGCGGAUAGUGCUGAGAAGGCGAAACGUAAACAGACUGCUGGCGAUAUGUGGAUUGAAGUUUGGUGUGAUGUUGAGGAACAAUGGAUUUGUGUCGAUAUAUUUAAAGGAAAAAUACAUUGCGUCGAUACAAUAAGAAAAUCCGCUUCGCCCUCUUUGGCAUAUGUCUUUGCAUUUCAAAAUGAUUUAAGUAUUAAAGAUGUUACUGCUAGAUAUUGUCCGAAUUGGACUACCGUCGUACGUAAAUCUAGAGUAGAUAAAGCCUGGUUAGACACAGCGAUUUGUAAGUAUGUGGGUCAUCGUACAAAGCGUGACAUAAAAGAGGAUCAAGAAUUGCGACGUAUUCAUGAAGAGAAACCGAUGCCAACCGCUAUUGGAGACUAUAAAAAUCACCCAUUUUAUGCUUUGGAACGGCAUUUAUUAAAAUUCGAAGCCAUAUAUCCACCCAAUGCGCCAACACUCGGCUAUAUUCGCGGAGAAGCUGUGUAUUCCAGAGAUUGUGUUCACACUUUGCACUCCAGGGAUAUUUGGCUUAAGCAAGCCCGAACCGUAAAAUUAGGUGAAAAACCAUAUAAAAUUGUAAAGGCACGACCCAAGUGGGAUAGGAUCACUCAAACUGUCAUAAAAGAUCAACCACUUGAAAUUUUUGGUUACUGGCAAACACAGGAUUAUGAACCACCCACAGCUGAAAACGGUCUGGUACCACGUAAUGCAUACGGUAAUGUUGAGUUAUUCAAACCGUCCAUGUUGCCCAAAAAAACCAAACAUAUACGUUUGCCUGGUCUUAACCGAAUUUGCAAAAAACUUGGGAUCGAUUGUGCCAAUGCUGUAGUCGGCUUUGAUUUUCAUCAAGGCGCUUGUCAUCCCACCUAUGAUGGCUUUAUUGUUUGUGAAGAAUUCGAAGAUCAAGUUGUUGCCGCCUGGCAUCAAGAUCAAGAAGAACAGGAACGCAAAGAACAGGAAAAAUAUGAGGCUCGAGUUUAUGGCAACUGGAAGAAACUUAUUCGAGGUCUUCUUAUCCGUGAACGUCUAAAGAUAAAAUAUAAUUUUUAAAACUGAAAUCAUUCAACAAAGUAAAUGCAGCGUUUUAUGCUACAGUCGCGCACUAUGUACAAACAUACGCAUCAAUAACCAUACACUCUCUAUUAUUCCAGUUAUGUUUUUUUAUAUUUUUUUAUUAAUGUUUAUUAUUAUAUUUUUAUAUUCAUAUCAUUCAUAUAUUUUCGUUUGUAUGCUAAAUUUGGUCUAUGUUUUCAGAAAUUUCUGGCACGAAUAAAAACUCCAUUUAAAAUAGAA